UUCAAUGAGCCCAGAUCCGCGGCUGGUUCGCCGGGUUGAGGCGGGGGGAGCGGGCGGGGCCCGCGCUGGGGAGCCGGCGACCGGGGCGGGGAGGGCGUGUGUCGGGGGGGCGGUGGCGGCGAGGCGGGCGCGCGGGAUGGAACACUGAGACACCGACGGAAUGCUUCGAAUCGCCACAUAAUCCCCUGGAACGACCGCGCCGAACGCCAUUGGCUUCUCCCUUCUCCGCGCGCCGUCGCCGUCUCCCACCUCCGCCUCAUCGCCUCCCUCUCCGCCCGCUGCCUCCGGAGCUGGGGGGGAAACGCGAAGCCCCACUGCAAUGGAGCCCGCCGCCGCGGCCACGGCGCAGCGACUCCCCGAGCCCGGCAGGGAGGACCGAGCUUCGGCUCCGGCGGCCGCCGCUGCGGCAGCAGCGGCCGCGGCGGCUCUGGCGGCGGCGGCUGGGGGCGGCCGGAGUCCGGAGCCCGCGCUGACCCCGGCGGCCCCGAGCGGCGGGAACGGCAGCGGCGGCGGGGCGCGGGAAGAGGCCCCGGGCGAGGCGCCGCCGGGGCCGCUGCCGGGCAGAGCAGGGGGUGCCGGGCGCAGGAGGCGGCGUGGGGCGCCCCAGCCCAUUGCCGGCGGGGCUGCCCCCGUGCCCGGGGCCGGCAGCGGCGCCAACUCCCUCCUGCUGAGGAGAGGGCGGCUGAAGAGGAAUCUGUCCGCGGCCGCCGCGGCCGCCUCGUCGUCGUCGUCGUCGUCGUCGUCGGCCGCUGCUGCCUCGCACUCCCCCGGCGCUGCCGGCCUCCCCGCCUCCUGCUCGGCCUCGGCGUCGCUGUGCACCCGGAGCCUGGACAGGAAGACGCUGCUCCUGAAGCACCGGCAGACGCUGCAGCUGCAGCCGUCGGACCGGGACUGGGUGAGGCACCAGCUCCAGCGCGGUUGCGUGCACGUCUUCGACCGCCACAUGGCCUCGACCUACCUGCGCCCGGUGCUCUGUACACUGGACACCACGGCCGGCGAGGUGGCCGCCCGCCUGCUGCAGCUGGGCCACAAAGGCGGCGGCGUGGUGAAGGUGCUGGGCCAGGGGCCCGGAGCUGCCGCCGCCCGGGAGCCAGCUGAGCCGCCCCCCGAGGCCGGCCCCCGGCUCGCGCCCCCGGAGCCGCGGGACUCGGAGGCGCUGCCCGCGAGGAGCGCGCCGGGUGCCGUCGGGGGUCCUCCGCGCGCGCCCCCCGCCGACCUACCCCUGCCCGCCGGCGUCCCGGGCGGGUGGUCGCGCCGUGCCAGCCCCGCGCCCUCGGACUCCAGCCCCGGCGAGCCUUUCGUCGGGGGCCCUGCCUCUUCUCCCCGCGCCCCGCGGCCUGUGGCCUCUGACACCGAGAGCUUCAGCCUGAGUCCCAGCGCCGAGAGUGUAUCCGACCGGCUGGACCCCUACAGCAGCGGCGGCGGCUCGUCGUCGUCAGAAGAGGUCGAGACCGACGCAGCCUCGGCCCCGACGGCGGUCCCGGGCCAACCUCGCCGUCCCGGCCGCUCCGCGCAGCCCCUCCCGCCUCCCCAGACGGCCUCCUCGCCUCGGCCGCAGCAGAAAGCCCCGAGGGCCGUUGACAGCCCGGGCGGGGCCGUCCGCGAGGGGUCGUGCGAGGAGAAGGCGGCGGCAUUCGUGGCCCCGGGAGGCCUCCAGUCGAUCCCCGGGAGGAGCGGGGUGACCGCGGAGAAGGCGGCUCCGCCGCCCCCGCCGCCCACCCUGUACGUGCAGCUCCACGGAGAGACCACCCGGCGCCUGGAGGCGGAGGAGAAGCCAUUGCAGAUCCAAAAUGACUACCUCUUCCAACUGGGAUUUGGGGAGCUGUGGAGGGUGCAGGAGGAAGGCAUGGACUCGGAGAUUGGCUGCCUCAUCCGCUUCUAUGCAGGAAAACCUCACAGCACGGGUAGCUCUGAACGGAUUCAGCUCUCAGGAAUGUAUAAUGUCCGUAAAGGCAAAAUGCAGUUGCCAGUGAACCGAUGGACAAGACGCCAAGUCAUCCUGUGUGGGACCUGCCUGAUAGUAUCAUCUGUGAAAGACAGCUUGACCGGAAAGAUGCAUGUUCUGCCACUGAUUGGUGGAAAAGUAGAAGAAGUGAAAAAGCACCAACACUGUUUAGCAUUUAGCUCCUCUGGACCCCAAAGCCAGACUUACUACAUUUGCUUUGAUACUUUCACAGAAUACUUAAGGUGGCUGCGACAAGUCUCCAAGGUUGCAUCCCAGCGCAUUAGCUCAGUGGACCUCUCAUGUUGUAGCCUGGAACAUCUGCCUGCCAACCUCUUCUACAGCCAAGACCUCACUCAUCUCAAUUUAAAACAAAACUUCCUAAGGCAAAACCCUAGCCUUCCAGCUGCCAGGGGGCUUAAUGAACUGCAAAGGUUCACCAAGUUGAAGAGUCUUAAUCUUUCCAAUAAUCAUUUAGGGGACUUCCCACUAGCAGUCUGCAGUAUUCCAACCCUGGCAGAGCUGAAUGUGUCCUGCAAUGCCCUGCGAUCGGUCCCAGCAGCCGUUGGAGUGAUGCACAACUUACAGACAUUUUUGUUGGAUGGAAACUUUCUCCAAACCCUUCCUGCUGAGUUGGAGAACAUGAAGCAGCUUAGUUAUCUGGGUCUUUCUUUCAAUGAAUUUACUGACAUUCCAGAAGUAUUGGAGAAAUUGACUGCUGUGGAUAAACUUUGUAUGUCCGGAAACUGUAUGGAGACCCUUAGGCUACAGGCUUUAAGAAAAAUGCCUCACAUUAAACAUGUGGAUCUAAGGUUGAACAUAAUUAGGAAGCUGAUAGCAGAUGAAGUGGACUUUCUACAGCAUGUUACUCAGCUUGACCUACGAGACAAUAAACUUGGUGAUCUAGAUGCCAUGAUUUUCAACAACAUUGAAGUUUUACACUGUGAAAGGAAUCAACUGGUCACAUUAGACAUCUGUGGCUAUUUCCUAAAAGCACUCUAUGCCUCUUCUAAUGAACUUGUUCAACUUGAUGUUUACCCAGUUCCAAAUUAUCUGUCCUACAUGGAUGUUUCAAGGAACCGCUUAGAAAAUGUGCCUGAGUGGGUAUGUGAAAGCCGAAAGCUAGAAGUUUUGGAUAUUGGCCAUAAUCAAAUAUGUGAACUUCCUGCCCGCUUAUUUUGUAACAGCAGUCUCCGGAAACUACUGGCAGGACACAACCAGUUGGCAAGGCUUCCUGAAAGGCUAGAAAGAACCUCGGUGGAGGUCUUGGAUGUGCAACACAACCAGCUCCUUGAGCUCCCGCCUAACCUUCUGAUGAAGGCUGACAGCCUGAGAUUCCUGAACGCAUCUGCGAACAAACUGGAAAGCCUUCCUCCAGCCACGCUUUCUGAAGAGACAAACAGUAUCUUACAAGAGUUGUAUUUGACAAAUAACAGCCUCACAGACAAAUGUGUGCCCUUGUUAACGGGACACCCACAUUUGAAGAUCCUUCACAUGGCCUAUAACCGACUUCAGAGUUUUCCAGCCAGUAAAAUGGCGAAACUGGAGGAACUUGAAGAAAUUGAUCUCAGUGGGAAUAAGCUGAAAGCCAUCCCAACAACGAUCAUGAAUUGCAGGCGCGUGCACACUGUGAUUGCUCACUCCAACUGCAUCGAGGUCUUUCCCGAAGUUAUGCAGCUCCCAGAGAUCAAGUGUGUGGAUCUGAGCUGUAAUGAGCUAAGCGAAGUCACAUUACCAGAAAACCUGCCUCCCAAACUGCAGGAGCUAGACCUGACCGGAAACCCUCGCCUUGUCCUUGAUCACAAAACCCUGGAACUACUGAAUAAUAUCCGCUGUUUCAAGAUUGAUCAGCCUUCUACAGGAGACGCUUCUGGAGCCCCAGCUGUUUGGAGUCAUGGUUACACUGAAGCUUCAGGGGUAAAAAACAAGUUGUGUGUCGCAGCCCUGUCGGUGAAUAACUUCUGUGACAACCGCGAAGCCCUCUACGGUGUGUUUGAUGGAGACCGGAAUGUGGAGGUGCCCUACCUUCUCCAGUGCACCAUGAGUGACAUUUUGGCUGAAGAGCUGCAAAAAACAAAAAAUGAAGAAGAAUACAUGGUCAAUACAUUCAUUGUCAUGCAAAGGAAACUUGGAACUGCUGGGCAGAAGCUUGGUGGUGCCGCUGUCCUUUGUCAUAUCAAGCAUGACCCUGUGGACCCAGGAGGAUCCUUCACCUUGACCUCUGCUAAUGUGGGCAAGUGCCAAACAGUUCUCUGUCGAAAUGGAAAGCCACUGCCUCUGUCCAGAUCUUACAUCAUGAGCUGUGAAGAAGAGCUGAAGAGGAUUAAACAGCACAAGGCCAUUAUCACUGAGGAUGGCAAGGUGAACGGGGUGACUGAGUCCACGCGCAUCCUGGGCUACACCUUCCUCCACCCCAGUGUGGUGCCUCGCCCCCACGUGCAGUCCGUGCUCCUGACCCCCCAGGAUGAGUUCUUCAUCCUAGGCAGUAAGGGGUUGUGGGAUAGCCUGUCCCUCGAGGAGGCCGUGGAGGCCGUGCGCAAUGUUCCCGACGCCCUGGCUGCCGCCAAGAAGCUGUGUACCCUGGCCCAGAGCUACGGCUGCCACGACAGCAUCAGCGCUGUGGUGGUGCAGCUCAGUGUCACCGAGGACAGCUUCUGCUGCUGCGAGCUCAGCGCCGGUGGGGCCGUGCCACCACCCAGCCCUGGCAUCUUCCCUCCCUCAGUGAACAUGGUGAUCAAGGAUCGGCCCUCAGACGGGUUGGGCGUGCCGUCCUCCAGCAGCGGCAUGGCUUCCGAGAUCAGCAGUGAGCUCUCCACUUCCGAGAUGAGCAGCGAGGUGGGGUCCACAGCCUCCGAUGAGCCCCCGCCCGGAGCCCUAAGCGAGAACAGCCCUGCCUACCCCAGUGAGCAGCGCUGCAUGCUCCACCCCGUCUGUCUGUCCAACUCCUUCCAGCGCCAGCUGUCCAGCGCCACGUUCUCUAGCGCCUUCUCCGACAACGGCCUUGACAGUGACGAUGAGGAGCCCAUCGAGGGCGUCUUCACCAAUGGCAGCCGGGUGGAGGUGGAGGUGGACAUCCACUGCAGCCGGGCCAAGGAGAAGGAGAAACAGCAGCACCUGCUUCAGGUGCCAGCAGAGGCCAGCGAUGAGGGCAUUGUCAUCAGCGCCAACGAGGAUGAGCCGGGUCUGCCCAGGAAGGCAGACUUCUCUGCCGUUGGGACCAUUGGGCGCCGGAGGGCCAAUGGCUCUGUUGCGCCCCAGGAAAGGAGCCACAAUAUGAUAGAGGUGGCUACAGAUGCACCUCUUCGAAAGCCUGGAGGCUAUUUUGCUGCCCCGGCUCAGCCAGAUCCCGAUGAUCAGUUUAUCAUACCCCCGGAGCUGGAAGAGGAGGUCAAAGAAAUCAUGAAGCAUCACCAGGAGCAACAGCAGCAGCAGCAGCCACCACCGCCACCUCAGCUCCAGCCGCAGCUGCCGCGGCACUACCAACUGGACCAGCUGCCAGAUUAUUACGACACGCCACUAUGACCCAGCCGAGCUAUUUAACAAAUAAACUAACCACAAAAUACCAAGUUGCAAGAGUCUCUCAGGCUCACAUUAAACCAGGGGUUUUACUCCACGUCCUUCCCCCGGACACUGUUCCCAACCUGUCGUCGCAGCUAAUCUGUAGGUUCUCUUUCUUUGGGUUAUUUUUUAAAAUAAUCACCACUUUCUUCUAGUGAUGCUUUACCAAUAUGAUUUACAUUUGUUAACUUCUCCCCCUAACAUAUCAGAUAUGUAAAGACAAAGAGCAAAAGGUUUAAUAUAUUACAGAGAAACAGUUAAUGAUAAUGUGCUAUUUUUUAAAAUGGCUUUUUGUUGUUUUGUUUGUUUGGAAGGCAGGGCAGGCUGCCGUUGCUAAAUGAUUUAAUAAUAUUGUAAUUCUGUAUUUCUUUGGGGGGAAAAGGAUUUUUUUUUUUUUUUUUUUUUUUUUUUUGGUCUUGAAAAUAAUAGACAUUUGUAGAAUAUGGAGACUAACUCCUAGGAGUUGCUUUACUCUGUCAGGUGACUUAAGUCACUGGGAUUCACUAAUUUUCUCUGAGAGAACAGCGAUUGAGAAUUUCUAUUGUAAAUAGCUCAGUGUUGUAUAGUGAGGCUUACGAUGUUUUGUAGUCUUGGCGUGAGGACACAGCCCAAGUAACUGACGUUUCCCCUUCCCCUCCCCUCUGAGGAGCCUGCCUGCCUCCCAACUCACCCUCACUUCACUGAAUGAGGAGGCUGAGCAGCUGCAGCGUUUCUGUCCAGAGGAAGUGGAUCUUAGGCCACCACACAAGAGCCUGCACCCAAAGGCCCUAAACCCGUUUUCCUCCCUGUCCCAGCCUCUCCACUUUGACAGACAAUUUUUAACUGUGUUCCUUACUGCUGCCACAAUCAGCAUGGCUGUAUAGUGCCCCAUUAGGCCAUUUACAUACCCAGAGUUACACUCAAGCAGAAUGCACAAAUGGACAUGUCAUAAUUUUUGUUAUAAUAAAUAUGAAAUUUACAAGUA